AUGGUUGGCGAAAAAAGAAAUAGAGCGCUCGCAAUUGUAGAUGCUGCCGCUGCCGGCGGCUACGCCGUCCCUGCAAUGUGCUGCUACAACAUCGAGGGAAUCAUCGCUUCAGUCAGGGCGGCCGAGGCCAAGAAGUCCCCAGUCAUUAUUCAACUGUUCCCCUGGGCAAUUGAGUUCGCAGACGGACUGCUCCUUCAUGCGGCAAAAGAGGCGGCCGACAAGGCCAAAGUUCCCGUGGCGGUUCACAUGGACCACGCCCAAUCACCCGAGAUUAUCAAGCGAGCUGCGGAACUGGGCGGAUUCGACGGAAUCAUGGUCGAUAUGAGCCACUAUGAGAAGGAGGAGAACUACGCUAAAACCAAGGAACUGGUCGAGUACCUCCACGCGAGAGGCAUCAUUGCGGAAGCGGAGCCGGGAAGGAUCAAUGGUGGGGAGGAUGGCGUGCAGGACACCGGUGACCUGGAGGGUAUUCUUACCACGCCUGAACAAGCUUCCGAGUUUCUGGAUCUGGGGGUCGACUGGCUCGCCCCGGCGUUUGGAAACGUUCACGGGAAAUACGGCCCCAAGGGCCCACAGCUAGAUUACGACCGCCUGAGCAGAGUUCAUGCUACAACGAGCAAGCGUGGAGUGAACCUCGUCCUGCAUGGGGCGGGUGACUUUGGCGAGGAGCUGUUCCAGUCUGUGAUCAAGCGGGGCAUUACCAAGUGCAAUGUCAACGACGCCAUGAAUGAUGAGUUCACAAAGGUCAUGAAGGAGAGGAAAGCCCCCCUGACUACACUUCUGGAGGAGGGAACGUUGGCGAUGCAAAAGGCGGUCGAGCUGCAUAUGGACUGGAUGGGAUCCACAGGAAAGGCUUAG